AUAAAAAUAAAAUAAAAAGGACAAUGAAGGGUGAUUAAACAAGGACUAGACCAUCUUCCAUUCUCCCCCAAACACGACGCAAAAUUCAUCGCAUUUUUAAUCAUCCCCUAAAAUUUCAAAUUCUGCACAACAACAAUCGCAAUCUGCACCGAUUUCGAUUAUUAGACAGGUGAUUGAUGAGAAAAUGAGUAAUCGACCGAGUACGCGCAACAAAAACAAGCGGCAACGAUCGGAUAAUAAUGCUGAAGUUAUUUCUGAUUUGUACAGGAAAAUUCACUUGUCUGGUGAAGUGUCAAAGGAUGAUAUAAAGCAGCUAUAUAUGUUUGGGAAGCCAGUUUGUAAUCAAGGCUGUAGAGUGAAUACGAAAGAUAACCCUAAUUGUUUUUGCGGGUUGAUUCCACCACCCAACGGUAACCGAAAAACUGGAUUAUGGCAAAAGACUUCUGAAAUUGUGUCAUCAAUGGGUGCGGAUCCUUCUAAGGAUCUUCGCGAUUCACUCGACACGCCAGCUGGUUUAACAAAUCUUGGAGCUACGUGCUAUGCAAACAGCAUACUCCAGUUUUUAUACAUGAAUAAAUCUUUCAGAGAAGGUGUAUUGUCGGUUGAGGCAGAGGCUUUGGAACAACAGCCUGUUUUGAAUCAAAUUGCUCGACUUUUCGCACAGCUUCACACUAGUAAAAUGGCUUUUGUUGAUUCAGCUCCUUUUAUUGAAGCACUGGCGUUAGAUAAUGGUAUUCAGCAAGAUAGUCAUGAGUUCCUUACAUUGCUUUUCUCAUUGCUUGAACAAUGUUUGAGUUGUUCAAAAGUUUCUAAGGCCAGAACUGUUGUUCAAGAUCUCUUUCGUGGAGGUGUGUCGCAUGUCACCAAGUGUUCAAAAUGUGGGAACCAAUCAGAAGCCUCAUCAAAUGUUGAAGAUUUUUAUGGUGUGGAACUGAAUGUGAAGGGUUUAAAAGAUCUAGAUGAAAGUUUAGACGACUAUCUGUCCAUUGAAGAGCUUCAAGGAGAUAAUCAGUAUUUUUGUAGUUCAUGUGCAACUCGUGUAAAUGCUACACGUAGCAUCAAGCUGCAGUCACUGCCACCUGUUCUUAUUUUCCAGCUUAAACGUUGUGUUUUCUUACCUAAUACUACAACGAAGAAGAAGAUAACCUCUGCAUUUUCUUUUCCUGGGCAAGUGGAUAUGACAAGAUGGUUAUCUGAACAAAGUGAAUCUGAAAUGCUAUACGAUCUAUCUGCGGUUUUAAUCCACAAGGGCUCUGCUGUUAACAGCGGCCAUUAUGUAGCUCAUAUUAAAGAUCAAGAUACAGGGUUAUGGUGGGAAUUUGAUGAUGAACUUGUUUCUGAAUUGGGUCAACACCCUUUUGGUGGCGGUUCUUCUAAUACGUCUACUAAACCUGUACAACCUAUGCCAGGUGGACAAUCUAGUUCUGCAGAACCCAAUAGUGUUGUAAAUGGAAACCAUAUGGGUGCUUCAUCUUCUGAACCUAAUACACAUGUGCGAACAUUCUCUUCGACCGAUGCAUAUAUGCUGAUGUAUUCUCUUAGGAAUCAAACCAAUGGUGAUCAAAAACCUCAAAUGGUAUCUGGUGAACAGAAACUCAACGAUGAUGCUUAUCUUCCACCUCAUCUUUUGAAGCAAGUUAUUGAGUUGAACAAAUCGUAUGUAGAUUCUUGUCAACAAUACAAAAUCAAGAAAGAUGCCAAGUUGGCACUCAUUAAUGAGAGACGACAGGAGGUUAGAUCGGUAAUCUCCGAAGCACCUGUUCAGUCACCCGUGGAGUCGUUUUGGUGGAUAUCGGUAGAUUGGCUACGCCAAUGGGCAGAUAGCAUCCAACCCACCAUGAUUGACAACACACCAAUUCAAUGUUUGCAUGGGAAAGUACCGGUUUCAAAGGUUAGCUCCAUGAAACGGUUAUCAGCCAAGGCUUGGAAUACAAUAUCUUCUAAGUAUGAAGGGGGUCCCGCAUUGGGUGAAGAUGACUGCUGCAUUGAGUGCCUUAAGGAAACAGCACGUUCUACAGUAAGCGCAGAUAGCUAUAGAGACGGAAGAACAUUAAUGAGAGAACUUGCUGAAUCAGCACUUGCUGGGAAAUGUCAUGAUGGACAAUUGUACUAUGUUUCCAAGUCAUGGUUGAGUCAAUGGGUACGAAGACGAAAUGCUGACUUACCUUGUGAAGCCGAUACAGGACCAACAGCUUCAAUCAGGUGCCCACAUGGAUCACUUAUGCCUGAACAAGCUCCUGGAGCCAAGCGGGCCCUAGUACCGGAAAAUUUGUGGCUUUUUAUUUAUAAAUCUGCCAAUGAAGUAAAGCCUGAUGAUAUGAUUGGCUGUUCGGUUUUUCCUUCUGACUCUGAUGUAUGCCCUCAGUGCUGCGUUGAACUCACUGAAGUGACAUGCAUGGAAGAUAGCCUAAGGGAUUUUAAGCUGAAACAACGUCAAUCUCAUGAAAAGUUAGCUUUUGGAAAAAGUGUACCGCUUAUGUCUGAAAACAAGUACUACUUGUUUCCUACUUCUUGGCUUUCGAAAUGGCGAUCGUACAUCACAGCAGUUGGAAAGAAUGCAUCUUCUAUUGAAGAACCAGAAAACUUGAAUGCCGCCAUUGAAUCACUGAAAUGUGAACAGCAUUCAAGACUUCUUCAUAGACCUCCUAGUCUUAUACGGAAACGUGGUGUAAUUCUUCAAAAGGCCCCCAAUGUAGACGAACUGACAAUUAUUACUGAAAAUGACUGGACAUUAUUCUGCAAGGACUGGAACGUUAAUGAGGAAAGAGGCAUACUUGCUGAAAUCGAUUUAAGCGUUGAAGAUAGUUUGUUGGGGGCGUCUGAAGAUACGCCAAUCACAGAGGAAAACGUUAACCCUCUUGAUGAGGCAAAUGGUGAGACCGAGUCUCAGGGGCCCACAGUGAAAACUAUUCCAGAGGUGUGUGAAGAUUGUAUUGGUGAAAGAGAGAGCUGUGAACUAGUGAGGAAACUAAACUACUGUAACGAGGAUAUAUGCAUUUGCUUUGUUCGCGGAAAAGAAAAAGAACCGCCAAAGUAUAUCCUAGAAGGUUCUGGAAACAUGUUAGAGCCAAAUAAUCGCCGAAUCUCUAAACGUUCUAGAAGGACAUCUUAUGGGAACUCAGUAAACUUAAAUGUUUCUGGCACUACAACUCUAUAUGAACUCAAGAUGAUGAUUUGGCAAUCUUUUGGGAUCGUUAAGGAAAACCAGAUACUUCACAAAGGUUCGAAGAUCGUUGAUGGGGAAACUGCUACUCUUGCUGAUGUGUGUAUAUUCCCCGGAGAUGUUUUAUGGGUUACCGAUUCAGAGAUCCAUGAGAACCGUGACAUUGCUGAAGAGCUUUCUGAUACGAAAAUGGAGGUGCAGCAAUCAGAGGGGGGUUUCAGAGGAACACUUUUGACAUCGAAUAUAGGGACACAGGCUGUGUCUCAAGGAUGCUACAAUUAAGCAGAAUCGAUCACUUGAAAUGUUUUAUAUCUCAAGUAUUAUUGUAUAUCAGAAGAGAAACUGACAAAUUUUGUGGGAUUGCAAGUUUUUGUGAAUCCAAAGUCGGUUGUUGAAGAUCUGGUUUCUGCACAUUUUCUAAAAGUUUGUAAAAUUCUGAGUUUGGAAAAACCGUGUUUUUUGGUUAUUUUGGUACCUUUAGUGACCCAUUUAACGGUCUUAUUUUGCUACAGAGCUCUACAUAUAAUGUACCUAUUAGUGGUUGUGUCGUGGCAAUGGCAUUGACCGGUUUUUCAUGUUUA